AUGGCGCCAAUGAAGACUUUCUCUCCUCUUGUUCUCGCCGGCUUUGCCGCCGCGAGGCAAUGCUCUAAUUUCCUAAUUCCAGUGGACAUCGCAUCCAGGCAAGGCCAAUUCGCGGAGAUUCCGGUCGAAGGCAAUCUGGAUAUCGGGGCUUUUGCUACGAGAUUCAACCAAUUCGGAAAGAACUAUACCGCAACCCUGCUUCAGGGCUACCAAACGCUGAAGGGCAGCUACGAGAUUUCAGCACAGCACUGCACACCGGACAGCGGUAGCAGUGACACUGUUCAGGUUCUUUCCCAUGGUAUUGGGUUUGAUAAGACAUACUGGGAUCUGGACUACAACAACUACAAUUACAGCUACGUCAACAAUGCCCUGGCAGCGGGCUACAGCACACUCGCCAUUGACCGUCUGGGCGUUGGCAACUCGUCCCACGGCGACCCGUUCAACGAGAUUCAGGCUCAGGCAGAGGUUGAAGCCCUCAAUGCUGUGACGACGAAGCUACGCAACGGCGAGAUCCCCCAAAUUGGACAUUCAUACGAAAAGGUUGUUCACGUCGGACACUCCUUUGGCUCUGUACAAUCUUACUGGCUUUCUGCCCUAUACCCCAACAACACCGAUGGCGUAAUCCUCACCGGAUACUCUGUGGCUUCCCAGUUCCUGUCCUACGUGAUCGCUGGGUGGAACCUGCACAGCGCCCGCCUCAACCAGCCUCUGCGCCUUGGAAACGCCUCCAACGAGGAAGUGAUGCAAUUGGCUACGAGUACUGGAUUGGGAAUGAACCUCGUUCCUGGUCUCCAGAAACUUCUCGCAAGCGCUGGCAUCGAUCUUACGACCCAAGAGAUCUGGAACCAAGUCGCAACCACCGAAGUCCUUGAUUUGAUCACUGGCUACAACAAGAGCGGCAUGCCACUCGACUACCCAUCCGGCUACAUGGUCUCUGCAGACCUGACCAACCUCCAAUACGCUUUCCUGUUCCCCGGAAUGUACGACAUUGGGAUUGCUCUUGCAGGCGAGCAGACGAAGCAGCCCGUCACUGUCGGUGAACUUCUCACUAUUGGCAGCGCACCCGCGAUGAGCCCCUUCACCGGACCAGUUCUGGUUGUCACUGGCGAGCACGAUGUACCGUUCUGCGGCGGAAACUGCUAUGCACCCCUUCCAAAUGCCACUGCUGCCGAUAUUCCCGCCGGUGUUGUAGCCGCGUUCCCCAAUGCGUCUGCUUUCAAGUCGCACAUCCAGCCCGGAACAGGUCACGGCCUUACUUUCCACUACAAUGCCACUGCUGGUUACCAGGUCAUCCAAGACUUCUUGGCCAGCAACGACCUUGCUGCUUAG